AUGGCGCCAUACAACAUUCGUUGGGGUAUUAUGGCCACAGGAUGGAUUGCCGACGUCUUCGUGCGAGACCUCCUAAACGACCCUACCCUCCGAGAUGCCUCGGACGUCUCCCACACAGUCACGGCCGUCGCAUCCUCUUCGUCCAAGGAGCGUGCAGAGAAGUUCAUCGCCGAUACAUGCAUCCCUGGCACUUGUGCUGCUUACGGAACGUAUGAGGAGCUCGUGGCCAACCCGGACGUGGACGUGGUGUACGUCGCGACGCCGCACUCACACCACUAUCAGAAUGUGAUGCUCGCGCUUGGAGCCGGAAAGCAUGUGCUAUGUGAGAAGGCGUUUACCGUCAAUGCGGCCCAGGCCAAGAUUCUGUGUGAAACGGCGCAGAAGAAGAACCUGUUUUUGAUGGAGGCUGUUUGGACUCGAUACUUCCCGCUGAGUGUCCAAAUCAGGGAGUUGAUUAAGAAGGGAGCGAUUGGCGAGGUUCUGCGUGUAAUGGCGGAUAACAGCUUUGGGGAUGAUGUUGAGGAAAAAUGGGGGACUAAGCACCGGAUGGUGAACAAGGAUCUUGCUGGGGGUUGCUUGUUGGACUUGGGAAUCUACUCAUUGACAUGGGUUUUCCAAACCCUAUACCACACCCUUCCUCGAGAACAGCGCAAACCCCCCUCUGCUGUCUCCGCGCAUAUGUCCCUCUACCACCUCACCGGUGCAGACGAAGCAACCACGAUGCUCCUUAGUUUCCCAACCUCCACCCCAUCCAACAGCCCUCACCCGGGCCAGUCAACCGCGGUAGCCAUGGCUAACCUCCGGGUAUCUACCGACCCAGACGGGAAGGGUUCCAGUCGUCCCACUAUCCGCAUUCAAGGAACCAAGGGCGAAAUCCAGGUGGAAGGCCCGGCAUUCCGGCCAGAGAGAUACCGUAUAAUUCCCAAGAAGGGAGAAGGCGAGAUUAAGGAGGUCGAGUGUCCGUUCCCUCGAAGUGGAAAGGGCAUGUUCUGGGAAGCUGACGAGGUUGCGCGUUGCUUGCGUGAUGGUAAGCUUGAGAGUGAUACUUUGCCCUUGGAGGAGAGUAUUGUCAUCAUGGAGGUUAUGGAUGAGGUCAGGCGGCAAGGUGGUUUGGCCUAUCCGGAGAAUAUUGAGUCGACUGUCUACCCUCUACAGUUAUGA